AUGUCAGAGGUCAAGGUGUACAGCGAGCGGGCGAGGGACGUGGUGGCGUACGGUGGCGUGGGUCUGGCGCUGGCGCUGGCGCUGGCGCAUGAGACAGGUGUGGUGCGCGUACUGUGUGACCCCGACACGCGCCAGCCGCUCACAGCCCAGCAGGUCGCCGACAAAGCCAAGCUCAAGGAGCGUAUUGUUCUCAUGCACACCAUGCACCUUGACAGCUACGUGAGGGAGCUGCUUGGGGCCCUGACUACGUCCGGGAUGGUGCAGCUGGCAGCAGGCACGGGAGGUGUGCGGUAUGGGUCGCAGUUGUUCCACAUCCUGGAGCAGUGGGCAGCCAACGAUGGGGCACUCGUGGAGGCCGUCUUGACGGAGUCACCUGAGCUAGCUGAGAAACUAGAGAGAGGCGCCCAGGUGGUGGAGUUCGGGUGCGGCUCGGGGAAGUUGAUGCAGCGCCUGGCGGCCCAGUUUCCCGCCAGCAUCUUCCUCCUCACUGACUGCAUGCCGGACCCUUUGAAGCGCGUGCAGCAACUGGUGCGCGACGCCGGCCUCAACAACGUCCAGACGCAGGUCGCUGACCUCUGUGACCUGACUCCUGACACGAAGAACCGCUUCGACUUCGCGAUGGUUAAGGACGUCAUCCACGACCUGCCCUACCCGCAACGCGCGCUGAAUGGCAUCACCCAGUCGCUGAGGCCUGGCGGGAUCUUUGUGAUGAUGGACCAGAUGUUGAACGACUCCCUGGCUGACAACAUCGACAACAAAAAUGCCAUCUUCAACUUCUGCGCCGGUACAUUCCUUUGUGUUCCCGAGGGAUGCCAGCAGCCGGGGUCUGAGGUCAUCGGCCCGACUUGGGGUCAGGCGCAUGCGCGUCCCAUGCUGGAGGCGGCAGGACUGCGCGUUCUCAAAGUCAUCAGACUCCAAGAGUUCGAAUCCUUGGGCAUUUACAUCAACCAGAAACCGGACGUUGAGAGAGAUGUGUGA